UAAUGGCAAAUUUUGUUGCACUAUACACACAACUGAUCAAUGCGUUUAUUCAUUUUAUGAAAAUUAUCAACUCAACAGGAUGAAAUAUACAAUCCUUACCGGUUUUCCUGGCUGCUGAAUUUGAUUCCCCAAUACACCUGUGUUGUUUAUAGGUACCUACACUAGACUACUAAAAUAUGUUACAAAACCAAGUCUGUAAUUGAAUAUCGUAGAUCUAGAAAAAUGUCCUUGCCAAAAAGGGGGCUAAAACAUACUUAAUAGCCUAUUCACAAUCCCGCAGUUGUAUUCGGCAGCUAGGAAAACCCGCCUUGAUAGUGGCAUACCUUUUGUUUAGUUAAAAUAUUGCAAAUAAUUUUUGUAAAUCAUUGAGAUAUAACAGUAUGUUUUAACUGAAGAUCCACGGUGUUUGUGAGAGGCUAAGAACAGCUAAGAGUUAGUUGUAAGUUAAGCUAUUGUGUGAAGAUAGUUGUAAGGUAGUGGGACCCGGCUGGGCAGUAUGAGAGUGAGAGUGAAUGGUCUAAGAACAUUAUUAAUGAACCCCAGCUUAUUUCAGGUGUCGUAGUGGAUUGCCGCCACCUCAGUCAGUUGCCGACUACGAGGCACACGGGCCAAAACUCCUGAUGUGGGUUCCCGAACUUAUACAGAGAUCAUGCGAGAACAGUUGCUUCGAGGCGAAGAAUCUGAGUUGCGCAAGAAGCUGGUAGAGAAGGCCAAGGAAGGAACACUAAAGCCUGUAGCCAACGGAGACUCCAAGCCUGCGCCUAAGAAGAGAGGUCGCUGGGAUCAGACGGCUGACGGGGACUCUACACCUUCCGCACCCAAGAAGAACAAAUUGCCUACUGACUCACCCUGGGACAAAGAGGAUGCAACUCCUGCCACAACACGUUGGGACGAGACGCCAGGCCACGGCAAGGGUGGGGAGACUCCGGGUGCUACACCAGGCGCCAGCACCCGGAUGUGGGAUGCUACACCCGGACAUGCCACACCCGGACACGCUACUCCUGGACGGGAGACGCCCUCUCACGACAAAAUGGCCUCCAGUAGACGUAACCGCUGGGACGAGACACCCAAAACUGAGCGAGAGACGCCAGGCCAGAGUGGGUGGGCCGAGACACCUCGCACAGAGCGUAGUGGUGGAGGUGACCUCAUACAAGAGACCCCCACACCUGGUGCUAGUAAGCGGCGCAGUCGCUGGGACGAGACACCAUCAAGUCAGAUGACACCCGGCGCCGCUACACCAGUGACUCCUCACCCCUCCACUCCUCUCAUGACACCCAGCGGAGUCACUCCUACGGGACAGAAGGCGAUGGCUAUGGCCACCCCUACACCAGGUCAUCUACUGACAAUGACACCAGAGCAGCUGCAAGCAUAUCGCUGGGAGAGAGAGAUUGAUGAGAGGAACAGACCUUUGACUGAUGAUGAACUUGACACUAUGUUCCCACCUGGCUACAAGGUCCUUCAACCUCCUGCAGGUUACAUCCCCAUCCGCACCCCAGCGAGGAAGUUGACUGCCACUCCCACCCCUAUAGCUGGCACUCCUACUGGAUUCUUCAUGCAGACAGAGGACAAGUCUGCCAAAUAUGUAGACAAUCAGCCGAAAGGGAACCUACCGUUUCUCAAACCCGAGGAUGCUCAGUACUUCGACAAGUUGUUGGUGGACGUUGACGAAGAGUCGCUGAGCCCUGAGGAGCAGAAGGAACGUAAGAUCAUGAAGUUGCUGCUGAAGAUAAAGAAUGGGACGCCGCCAAUGCGCAAGGCAGCUUUGCGACAGAUCACCGACAAGGCUAGGGAGUUUGGUGCCGGACCACUGUUCAACCAGAUUUUGCCCCUUUUGAUGUCUCCAACAUUAGAGGACCAAGAGAGACAUUUGCUAGUCAAGGUUAUAGACAGGAUAUUGUACAAGCUGGACGAUUUGGUGCGACCCUACGUACACAAGAUUCUGGUGGUGAUAGAACCACUGCUGAUUGACGAAGACUACUACGCUCGUGUGGAAGGUCGAGAGAUCAUCUCCAACUUGGCCAAGGCUGCUGGGCUGGCCACCAUGAUCUCUACUAUGCGACCUGACAUUGACAACAUAGACGAGUAUGUGCGUAACACCACAGCCAGGGCCUUCGCUGUGGUAGCGUCCGCUCUAGGCAUACCCUCACUGCUGCCCUUCCUCAAGGCAGUGUGUCGUAGCAAGAAGUCCUGGCAAGCCAGACACACAGGUAUCAAGAUUGUACAGCAGAUAGCCAUUCUGAUGGGUUGCGCUAUCUUGCCCCACCUCAAGAGUCUGGUGGAGAUUAUAGAGCACGGGUUGGUGGAUGAGCAACAGAAGGUGCGGACAAUCACUGCUCUGGCCAUCGCUGCUUUAGCAGAGGCUGCUACACCGUACGGUAUUGAGAGCUUUGACUCUGUACUCAAACCUCUGUGGAAGGGUAUCAGGACUCAUCGAGGAAAGGGUUUGGCUGCCUUCUUGAAAGCCAUUGGUUACCUGAUCCCAUUGAUGGAUGCAGAAUACGCCAACUACUAUACCAGAGAAGUGAUGUUGAUCUUGAUCAGAGAGUUUCAAUCUCCCGACGAGGAAAUGAAGAAGAUUGUCUUGAAGGUAGUGAAGCAAUGUUGUGGCACUGAUGGUGUGGAGUCUCAGUACAUCAAGGAUGAGAUCUUGCCUCACUUUUUCAAACACUUCUGGAACCACCGCAUGGCCCUAGACAGACGUAACUACAGACAGUUGGUGGACACCACAGUAGAGAUAGCCAACAAGGUCGGGGCCUCAGAGAUCAUCAACAGAGUGGUGGACGACUUGAAGGAUGAGAACGAGCAAUACCGCAAGAUGGUGAUGGAGAGUAUAGAGAAGACCAUGGCCAACCUUGGAGCAGCAGACAUAGACUCUAGGUUGGAGGAGCAACUCAUUGACGGCAUACUGUACGCCUUCCAGGAGCAGACCACUGAGGACGCAGUGAUGUUGAAUGGCUUUGGCACCAUAGUGAACCAGCUGGGCAAGCGAGUCAAACCUUACCUGCCUCAGAUCUGUGGUACGAUCCUGUGGCGACUCAACAACAAGAGUGCCAAGGUGCGACAACAAGCGGCCGACCUCAUCUCUCGUAUAGCUGUUGUCAUGAAGACAUGUCAGGAGGAGAAGCUGAUGGGACACUUGGGAGUUGUAUUGUAUGAGUAUCUAGGAGAAGAAUACCCUGAGGUGCUGGGUAGUAUUCUUGGGGCUCUCAAGGCUAUAGUCAAUGUCAUAGGUAUGACUAAGAUGACACCUCCCAUCAAGGACCUGCUACCUAGACUGACACCCAUUCUGAAGAACAGACACGAGAAGGUACAAGAGAACUGCAUUGACCUGGUUGGUCGCAUCGCAGACAGAGGUCCAGAAUACGUAUCAGCCAGGGAAUGGAUGAGGAUCUGUUUUGAGUUGUUGGAACUGUUGAAAGCCCACAAGAAGGCUAUCAGACGAGCCACUGUCAACACGUUCGGUUACAUCGCCAAGGCCAUCGGGCCCCACGAUGUGUUGGCAACUCUACUCAACAACCUGAAAGUCCAAGAAAGGCAAAACAGAGUGUGUACAACAGUUGCUAUUGCCAUCGUAGCGGAGACCUGUUCUCCCUUCACUGUACUGCCGGCGCUCAUGAACGAGUACCGAGUGCCAGAACUCAACGUGCAGAACGGAGUGCUCAAGAGUCUCUCGUUUUUGUUUGAGUACAUCGGUGAGAUGGGAAAAGACUAUAUCUACGCUGUCACCCCACUUUUGGAAGACGCACUCAUGGACAGGGACUUGGUACACAGACAGACGGCAUGUGCUGCCAUCAAGCACAUGGCGCUGGGAGUGUACGGGUUUGGCUGUGAAGACGCUCUCAUCCAUCUGCUCAAUCACGUCUGGCCCAACAUAUUUGAGACUUCGCCUCACUUGGUACAAGCCUUCAUGGACUCCAUAGAGGGACUCAGAGUUGCUCUUGGACCCAUGAAGAUACUUCAGUAUACAUUGCAGGGUUUGUUUCACCCAGCUCGCAAAGUCAGAGAUGUCUACUGGAAGAUUUACAACUCCUUGUACAUCGGAGGUCAGGAUACCCUUGUAGCUGGAUAUCCUAGGAUACACAACGACCCCAAGAACCAAUAUAUCCGAUACGAGUUGGAUUACGUAAUCUAAGCACUCAAAACUUUGCUUUUAUCACUAUAUGUAUAUGUCUUGUGUAUUUUAUCUGGUAUUUUGUAAAUAAAAAUCAAUACAAGUAAGUGUCAAAA